GGCUGACAGCGGCAGCGGCGGCAGCUGCCACCGCAGCCAUCGUCGAAGCCAUGAAGGUGAAGAAGAUCAAGCUGGAGGUGAUGAGCGGCUACCACGGCAACGCCAACCAGCAUGGGGCAGACGGUGAGAACGGAGACCUCAGCUCCAGCGUGGGUGAGUCAGUCAGUGUGCCCUUCACACACACACAUGCAAGCGUACAGGUGCAUACAGGUCUUCACACUCACACAAAGACAUGCAUGCAGAUAGCAAUGCAGGUAUGAAUACGUAUGCAGACGCACACCGGUACAGACACACAGACACAUACAUAACAAAAGACGAGUAUCAGAGUUUGCAGAUGUCAUCUAUAUACAGCUUGUGUUGAACCAAAGCUGUACAUUUGUACAGCUGAAUGCCACUACAAGCUUAAAUGCACCAACAGCUCAAAGAUACUCACCAAGCUAAGGUACUGGAUUCCAAACAUAUCUAUUCUUGCCAGUUUGGAGCAGAGUGUGGACAGUUCAAAGAAUACAGGUCCAGUUGAAACAUCUACAAAAUAGCCUUGUAUGUUCACUACAAUUGGCUAGUAUAUUAAGUUGGAUGUCUAUAAAACAAUUGUAUCAUUAUUUGCAUUUGUCCACAUCUUUGUAAUGCAAAUGGUACAUUCUGUCUGUAAAGUCUUGUUCUCUACUGCUAUGUAAAAUCCCCAGCCUUCAUAUCCAAUCUAAAAACAACACAGACAUUGUUAAUACAAAGUUUAAUCCAUGAACACUGUAUCCCAAAGCUAUUAGCCAUAAACUCAGUCUCUAAUUUCUUUAAUUUAAUCACAGCAAGAGCAUUGCUUUUUCAAUAUGUGCCAUUUCAAUUAAUUAUUAGCCCACAAAUGCAGACGGAUUUUGCUCAUAUCGCCACCGAGCCACUUAGCGUAUUGUGGAAAAUUCUAAUAUAGUGUUGAAUUAUUAUGAGCCCAUUACAAAUUAUAGGCUCCAUGUAAUCCCUAAAGCUUUGAUUCACUAAAUAGUGUUUUUGAUUCACUUACUCUAAGUGUCUCGACAGAAGUACUUGACACUGUAUAUUUGGGUAAAAACAGGAUGCUGUCGCUAAGCAGAUUGAACAAAGAAGCACAAUUCAUGAGCUCUGAGGUCAUCAAUCCCAAAAAAAUGAAAACGGGUCUACGACCAAUGAGAAAACGAGGCUAUGAGGUCACCGAAAUCAAGAUAAAUGUGAAUAAGAACAGCAAGGCUACGGCAAUGGAGCUGAAAAUAAACUGUUUUAUCUUUUUACAAUUUAAAUUGUAACCUUGAGCACACGGCCAGCCAGCCAGCCACACAUAAGAAAGCACUCCCUGAAGAAUCAUAAUUCUGUAGAAGGGAGCAGCGGUGUGUGUGUGUGAGUGCGCAUGCAUGUGUGUGUGUGUGUGUACGUCUGUAUGCAUGUCUGUGUUUAUUUCUCUUUUGUGUGUGUGUGCAUGUGUGUUUGUGAGUGUGGGUGCGCCGGUCACGACAUUAGCUCCCUGAGUGAAAUAUAUGACGGUGACGCCUCUUGGCCCCAUCCACAAUCAAUUGGAUUAUUUUCCUUUAAUAUUUACUUGCAGCGAUGAGUUGCUCGUGUUCAUGGUGAUGAACAGUCUGCCACUGGCGUUUGAAGGUGACCUGUCACUGCGUAUGGACAAAUCUCUCUCGCAGAAAUGUAGAAAAUAAAUCAUUAGGGGCUAGGCAGGCAGACAGAGAACCUCAUCUCUCUCUCUCUCUCUCUCUCUCUCUCUCUCUCUCUCUCUCUCUCUCUCUCGCUCUCUCUCUCUCUCUCUCUCUCUCUCUCUCUCUCUCUCUCUCUCUCUCUCGCUCUCUCUCGCUCUCUCCCCCCCUUCUCUCUUUCUAUCUCGCCUGUCUCACUCUCUCUCUCCUUCUCUCCCCUCUCACUCCCUGGAUUGAAAUUGGCCUCAGAUUUAUGAUUGGAAUUAAUGCUUCGUUUGGUCAAAGGAAUGGCUUGCUGAGACAAAUUAUGUUUGGUACUGAAGCCAUCCUUAUAUUGAUUACUGGGUGUCACAGCAAUCUCUUGUUUAUAUCAGACACUCUUGUGUGACAGGGGUGGCCAGCAGAAGUCAUCAAGAUAAUCCACAGGAGAUACAGUAUAUGGCCCUAGUAUAGUCUCUACAGAUGGAAGAAAGGAACAGAGAGAGAAAGGAACAGUGUCCUCAUUUAGUUUUAGCGAAUCACACAACUGCGAGGUGUGGCUCCGUAAAAAGAGGUACACAAGACAUGUAAGGCACACGCACGGGGGAGGGUUAGGGGGAAGGUGUUGUGGGAGAUGAUUGGUUGGUAGAUUAAGAUGAUUAAGCCAAUGCCUAUGUGCCGGGAGUUUCUCCCAGUCUUUCUGUAUUGGCUAAGGAAGGCCAAGUUUGACACGUUGAUCCACCAGACUCUUUCUCUUUGCACAUUUGGGCAGAAGUGUCUGGGAAUAAAAUUAGUAUAGUAUAGUCUUAUUAGAUGGACAAUGUAAAGAGAGCAAAGUUUAAGCAAUGUUUAAAAAGGGAAAGCCAACACUUCUUCCACAUUUAAGUAUGAAAAAUACACUGCUCAAAAAAAUAAAGGGAACACUUAAACAACACAAUGUAACUCCAAGUCAAUCACACUUCUGUGAAAUCAAACUGUCCACUUAGGAAGCAACACUGAUUGACAAUACAUUUCACAUGAUGUUGUGCAAAUGGAAUAGACAACAGGUGGAAAUUAUAGGCAAUUAGCAAGACACCCCCAAUAAAGACUGGUUUUGCAGGUGGUGACCACAGACCACUUCUCAGUUCCUAUGCUUCCUGGCUGAUGUUUUGGUCACUUUUGAAUGCUGGCGGUGCUUUCACUCUAGUGGUAGCAUGAGACGGAGUCUACAACCCACACAAGUUGCUCAGGUAGUGUAGCUCAUCCAGGAUGGCACAUCAAUGCGAGCUGUGGCAAGAAGGUUUGCUGUGUCUGUCAGCGUAGUGUCCAGAGCAUGGAGGCGCUACCAGGAGACAGGCCAGUACAUCAGGAGACGUGGAGGAGGUCGUAGGAGGGCAACAACCCAGCAGCAGGACUGCUACCUCUGCCUUUGUGCAAGGAGGAGCAGGAGGAGCACUGCCAGAGCCCUGCAAAAUGACCUCCAGCAGGCCACAAAUGUGCAUGUGUCUGCUCAAACGGUCAGAAACAGACUCCAUGAAGGUGGUAUGAGGGCCUGACGUCCACAGGUGGGGGUUGUGCUUACAGCCCAACACCGUGCAGGACGUUUGGCAUUUGCCAGAGAACACCAAGAUUGGCAAAUUCGCCACUGGCGCCCUGUGCUCUUCACAGAUGAAAGCAGGUUCACACUGAGCACAUGUGACAGACGUGACAGAGUCUGGAGACGCCGUGGAGAACGUUCUGCUGCCUGCAACAUCCUCCAGCAUGACCGGUUUGGCGGUGGGUCAGUCAUGGUGUGGGGUGGCAUUUAUUUGGGGGGCCGCACAGCCCUCCAUGUGCUCGCCAGAGGUAGCCUGACUGCCAUUAGGUACCGAGAUGAGAUCCUCAGACCCCUUGUGAGACCAUAUGCUGGUGCGGUUGGCCCUGGGUUCCUCCUAAUGCAAGACAAUGCUAGACCUCAUGUGGCUGGAGUGUGUCAGCAGUUCCUGCAAGAGGAAGGCAUUGAUGCUAUGGACUGGCCCGCCCGUUCCCCAGACCUGAUUCCAAUUGAGCACAUCUGGGACAUCAUGUCUCGCUCCAUCCACCAACGCCACGUUGCACCACAGACUGUCCAGGAGUUGGCGGAUGCUUUAGUCCAGGUCUGGGAGGAGAUCCCUCAGGAGACCAUCCGCCACCUCAUCAGGAGCAUGCCCAGGCGUUGUAGGGAGGCACGUGGAGGCCACACACACUACUGAGCCUCAUUUUGACUUGUUUUAAGGACUUUACAUAAAAGUUGGAUCAGCCUGUAGUGUGGUUUUCCACUUUAAUUUUGAGGGUGACUCCAAAUCCAGACCUCCAUGGGUUGAUAAAUUUGAUUUCCAUUGAUCAUUUUUGUGUGAUUUUGUUGUCAGCACAUUCAACUAUGUAAAGAAAAAAGUAUUUAAUAAGAUUAUUUCAUUCAUUCAGAUCUAGGAUGUGUUAUUUUAGUGUUCCCUUUAUUUUUUUGAGCAGUGUAUAUGCACUCACUAACUGUAAGUCGCUCUGGAUAAGAGUGUCUGCUAAAUGACUAAAAUUUAAAAAUGUUAAAGGAAAAAGCAACGUUCCGUCAAUGUUUCAAUUGCCAGUUGUACAUAAUGGUUUGUUUGAAUAGACCAGUGAGGAUCAGCUAUAAGUUGAAUUUCUUCUCAAUUACUUAUCUGGUUAAAUGAAAUAGCCAUAUUUGCAAAGGGAUCUCUUUCAUUGCUAGGGAACAUUUAUUGCGUUAAAACAAAAAGGUCCUAUUUUCCACUGUUGCAUUAAGAGCGAAGCGAAUAAAAAACAGAUCCUUUGACACAUACCAUAAAGAGCAUAAAUGUUUUACUUCCCUGCAGUACUUAGUCCCAUGUCUAGUUUGGAUUCCUGCAUGCCUAAUAUGUCCUGGUCUACAGUCCAUUAUGCCUGCGGAAUCCAGGCCUCUAAAUCACUUGACAGAUAUAGCUAUAUGACUGUGCAAGAGGGGAACUUGAUUUGCCUGCUGCCUUGUUGGGCUCUGUUGGUCUGGACUCACUGUGGAUAACAGUGCAGGGCAGUGCUGAUGAGGAUGUGAAUAAAUGCUCUGUUUUAAAGAGAAAGAGAGGGAGAGAGAGAGAGAGAGUGAAUAGAAAUCAAAGAAAAUAGUAAUUCAAAAGGGUUGAUGGUGAUGAUGAUAUUGUGAGAAUUGUAUAAUACUACUACUACUUGUUCUAGACAAAGGAAGAAACAGCGGCAGAGACAGAGGUAUAGAAACAAGGCAGACGCAAAAGCAGAGACAGAGAAGUAAAGACAGAUACAGAAGUAGUGUUAGAGGCAGGGACAUAAAUAAAGGCAGGGACAAAGGCAGAGACAGACGCAGACACAGAUAAAGCGACAGAGGCAGAGAAAGAGGCAGUCAAAGACAGAGGUAGAGACAGUGAAGGACACCCUGUUCUGUUGGUGGAGUUGGAUUGCGGUGAGUCUGCCAUCAUUGUGUUGAUGUCAAUGGAACAGGCUAAUGUUUCUCUCCCACACAUAAAAAAUUAAUCACAGUGUUUCCCCUAUAUUGAUGUUCGUUGUCGCCAAUCAUUUUCAGGAUUGUUAAAAAGAUGUCAGUGUUCACUUAAACGACUAUAGACUGAUAUAAAGUAUGUCCUGUAGAAAAGAUAAUGGAGCUAUAUAUUGUUUAGUAAGAACCUCUUUGAACACUAACAAUCACCAAACUAAAAACUAGAUUGUCAGGGAUAAUCUAAAAUGUGUAGAAUUGCAGGAAACUAGCUUUAAAACUGUAAAAUGUUCUCUCCACCCCAUGGCAAAAUUAGCUCUAAAACGGCAACAUUUCGACUCUGUGGCCAAGAGAAGGGCCGUUAAAACUUUGGGUCGGAGACUGCACCCCCCCCCCCCCACCACCACUCCAACCCCCACUAACCAUGCCACCACUGCUGAAAAAAAGCCUAGGGGAAACACUAAAUCACAAUUAGACCUUCCUGUUUGCAUCAACGUUAUUAUUUAUCAGGAAAAACAACCGGCCAGCUAAACCCAGCCAAAGUGGCCAAACAUCCUGUGAAAGGGGAGGAAGGGAGGGAGAGAGGGAGAGAGAGAGUGUGUGUGUGUGUGUGUGUGUGUGUGUGAGAGAGAGAGAGCUUGUUCUCUGAUUAGACAAAAUGUUUGUCUCUCACUCUCUUUGAUUCUCCCUGACAGUCUUGAGAAGGAGGUGGUGUGUGUGUAUGUGUGUGUGUGUGUGUGUGUGUGUGUGUGUGGUUUUCAAAGGGGGUACAGAGGCCCUCUCAAUGUGUACAUUUUGGAUUGUUCCUGUGGCUGUCAGGAAAUAACACACAAUUAUAGAUCACAAAACCAGGUUAGAGCACAUGUAGCACUAGGCCUUUCAGUGGGAUAAACAGCCAGCCUGCCAUUCAAUCCCAACGCACUGACCCCAACCACAACCUUUAUUACCGGGACAGAAAACACUGUCAGCUGCUGCCCACUAACAAACACCUGCCAAUUUCAAGAGAACUGGUUCAGUGGCAGUCUCACUUGGAACCGUAAUUAGUGACAUUGUAUCCUGUAUCGCUGUUUAUGCUCUCUAUGUUGUGGAGCUCCCUCUCUUUCUCUUCCUCUCUAACCCCCAUUCUCUGGCCAUGCACCUGACUCCACCUCACUGUGGUAAUGGAAAUGGACCUUACAUUCGGUCUGUAAUUAGGUGUGGGAAUUCCAUCCGUCAUCAACCAGACAAUGCUGCCAUGUACAUCUUAAAGGGAUACUGUGAGAUUUCGAAAUUAGGUCGUUUAUCUACUUACCCAGAGUCAGACGAACUCAUGGAAACCAUUUUUAUGUCUCUGCGUACAGUUUGGAGAUGAUUGAAGUUAGCAUAUUGUUAGCUUAGCGCAAUUGCUGGAAGUCCCCGGUAUAGUAGCCAGCUCCUCUCAUAAGCAGGGCAAUAUACCUUCUAAAUAAUCCAAAACUAGGUGGUUGGUAAUUUAUAGUAUGACAAAGCUAUACAUAAUAAUCUAUAUUUUGUAAAUUUCACUGAUAAUCAUAAGAAACUAUCCACUAUCCACUAUCCACUUUCCACUUCUUCAUUAUUUAUUGUGUGUGUGUGUUUGUGUGUGUGUGCGCGAGCUGGCUGGGGCCCCUGAGAGGGCUCCGUGAGGAGGAGACCACAGCUGUAAACGGCGAGCAACUAAUUGGCCCUUAUCUGGCUGUCCCAUUCAUCUUCAUUUUUUACCAAUUACUGAGCAUUAUCUGUGUUCUCAGUUGGCCAUGGGACUUAAUCCUUUUUGGUUAAGCUGCUUGUGGCGGCUUGCAAAAUUUCAAAUGGGGAAGGAGAGAGGGAGGAGGGAGGAGGGAGGAGGGAGGAAGGAGAGAGGGAGGAGGGAGGAGGGAGGAAGGAGAGAGGGAGGAGGGAGAAGGGGAGCAGAAGUCACAGCGAUAAACAAACUCGGGAAACUUCCCAUCAUCUCUCCCCCCCUCGGAGGAAGGAAUCAAUAAACAAUGACAUCACGUGAAGGAGAGCACAAAGACACAGACAAAGAGAGAGAGAAAGGACUUGGGGCGAGAAUCAAUUAUCGGCAUUAUAAUUCAGGUCCUUGUUUGCAAACGCAGCGGCCUCAUUGAUUAAGCUUGCUCCGGUUGCUCUUGCCAUUAUUGACUUGUUAAAACCAUAUUUUCUCCUCAUCAGUGGGUUUCAUGUUUGUGGUCGUCAGCAGGCAGAUUACAAUUCUUUUAAAAGGCCUUCAUCAAUUAUUCAGGGUGUAUUCAUUUUGGCAAGCUCCAAAUGCCCCCUGUUAAGUUUUGGUGUGUGUGUGUGUGUGUGUUUUUUUUCAUAGCAGCAGAGAAUAGAACCAGGACACAUUGUUCCUCCAGACGGUACAUCAACACAGUUAGCCCUUAUUAUUUGAGAUCAAUGCAUAACUAGGUUUCUCUCUAUAUGGGGUAAACACUAAGAUAGGCUACAGGGCAUUGAUUGUAUUGCAAGCUGAGUCAGAAUACAUGUUAAGUGUUGUACUUUCUUUUUAUGUCUGUGUCUGUGUGUUAUGGUUUAGUAGAGGAACAACAAUAAAACCAUUGGUAUUACAAUAAAUAUAUUACAGGAUAUAGAAAUUACUAUGCAUUAAAUCAGCCAUAAUAAUCCUAGAAAAUAAUCCUAGAUAUGAUAUCAAAAGCAAACCUGGAUAACUAAAUGUUGAAUAAUAAAUACUGUAAAUAAAAUAGAUCCAUUUUACGCAGUGUGCAGUGCCUCCUGCUAUUUGAUAGGGAUAUGUUUGGUCACAAGCUCUGCACCAGCUGUCAGCCAAGCUUCACUGCUGCAAUUUAAUUAGUCUGUUUAUGUCCUUUCUAAUAAUAAAGCUCUCAGGGUGGAAGGACACAUCUAGCCGCUAGCUAGUGCCUGGCUUUGUUAGCCAUGUUAGCCUGCUUAGCACUGGUGGCCUAGGAUGUUAGCUUGGUUAAUACUUGUAAAAUGACUUUCUUAAUUGUGCCUGAGGUGAUAAAUAAAGUUUCAUCAAAUUGAAUUGAAUGAGCACUGGUGGUCUAGGAUGUUAGCCUGGUUAGCACUGGUGGUCUAGGAUGCUAGCCUGGUUAGCAUUGGGUAGCCUAGGACUCUAGCUUGGUUAGCGCUGGUGGCCUAGGUCUAGGACAUUAACUUAGUUAGCACUGAACUGGUGGCCUAGGGCAUUGUCUGUCUGACAUACUAUAUAGACUGAACAAAGCUGGACAGCGGGAUUGGUCUCUCUCUCUCUCUCUCUCUCUCUCUCUCUCCCCUUCUUCUCGCUCCCUCUCUUCCUCCUGGGCUUUGGUCCUCCCUACCUCUCUAUUAGAGACUCAGGCCCAGGGGAGUCAGGUGACAGAUAAAGCAGAGAGCGUCACACACAUUUUUAAUUUCAAAAGAUAAACUCAAUAAUCUUUUAUGUAUUUUAAUGAAGUCAAAUGUCCUCGUUCUAAUUUCGCUUACGUUCGGCUGUUAAGCAUCCGCGUUAAAAUUUGAAUAUGCAUCAUGGGGGAAAUGUGUGCAGGCACACAAAUGCAGAAAUAGAUUAGAAUAACAAGGAGAAUUGAUUAAGCAUUAUUCCUGUAAUGAUCCAUAUCAAGUUAUAUCAUCUUUGAGUGGCAGUGGUGGUGUGGCAUUCUUAUUAGAGCUGUGAGAGAGCAAGAGAAGAGAGAAAGGGAGAGGUAGAGAGGAUCGUCACAGAGAUAGAGGGAGAGAGGAAGACAGAGAAAAAAAGUGUGGCACGCUACACAAACCUCAUGUCAUGCAAAUAUUUGUACAACUGUCUCUUGCGGUUACCUCACCACGACAGGGGCAUGGUUAAAUAAAAACAACUGACCAGUCGACUUGUCAGCCCUCAUCAACAUUAGGGCUUCAUUCUUCAUUAAUUGGAGUGAUUAAUAUGGAGGGCUUUGAUGCAGCGGGUGAUGCAUGCGUCGGGCUGUCCCCUUUGUAGCAUCCACUGUCAGGUUGCAUUUAGCAGGGAUAGGGGCUGACCUUUGGGGAGUGAAGAGAUCACGGCAAUUUGAAAAGACAGUGUCACUUGGGUUCAAUGUGAUACUGUGUAAUAGAUGACAUUCCAACCUUUCACUUAUGACGGGCUUUCGCAGGUCUUUUGAGUAAUGUGAAAUAAAGUGGUAUUGAAAUAUGCACGCAUGGGGCUGUGAAUGUGCUUGAAUGUUAAUGACGUUGAUAGGGUCGUUUCACAACAAACACAAUCAAAGAUGGAGGAAAGUAAGUACAGGUGUAGAUCUUCCCAACAAUGCAGAGAGAGAAAUGGAAAAAUAAUUGGAAAAAAUUAUAAUAACACGAGGAAUAAAUACACAAUGAGCAACGAUAACUUGGCGAUAUACACGUGGUACCAGUACCGAGUCAAUGUGCAGGGGUACGAGGUAAUUGAGGUAGAUAGAUAUGUACAUAUAGGUAGGGGUAAAGUGACUAAGCAACAGGAUAGAUAAUAAAUAGUAGCAGCAGCGUAUGUGAUGAGUCAAAAGAGUUAUUGCAAAAAGGAUCAAUGCAGAUAGUCCUGGUAGCUAUUUGGUUAACUAUUUAACAAACUAUUUAGCAGUCUUAUGGCUUGGGGGUAGAAGCUGUUCAGGGUCCUGUUGGUUCCAGACUUGGUGCAUCGGUACCGCUUGCCGUGCGGUAGCAGAGAGAACAGUCUAUGACUUGGGUGGCUGGAGUCUUUGACAAUUUCUUGGGCCUUCCUCUGACACCGGUAUAGAGGUCCUGGAUGGCAGCGAGCUCGGCCCAAGUGAUGUACUGGGCCAUACGCAUUACCCUCUGUAGCGCCUUGCGGUCAGAUGCCAAGCAGUUGCCAUACCAAGCGGUGAUGCAGCCAGUCAAGAUGCUCUCAAUGGUGCAGCUGUAGAACUUUUUGAGGAUCUGAGGGCCCAUGCCAAAUCUUUUCAGCCUCCAGAGGGGGAAGAAGCGUUGUCAUGCCUUCUUCACAACUGUGUUGGUGUGUGUGGAACAUGUUAACUCCUUAAUGAUGUGAUCAUUGAGGAACGAAGAUCUUGAUCCUCUCCACUACAGCCCUGUCGAUGUGGAUGGGGGCGUACUCUGCCCUCCAUUUCCUGUAGUCCACGAUCAGCUCCUUUGUCUUGCUGACUGACGUUGAGGGAGAAGUUGUUGUCCUGGCACCACACUGACAGGUCGCUGACCUCCUCCCUAUAAGCUCCCUUCAGUGCUGCUUGCCUUGAAGCGAGCAUAGAAGGCAUUUAGCGAAGCAUCUGCUUCAUCGGACCACUUCCGUAUUGAGCGCGUCACUGGUACUUCCAGUUUGAGUUUUUGAUUGUAAGCAGAAAUCAGGAGGUUGUAAGCAGGAAUCAGGAGGAUAGAGUUAUGGUCAGAGUUGCCAAAGGGAGGGCGAGGGAGAGCCUUGUGUGGAGUAAAGGUGAUCUAGAAUUUUGGCGCCUCUAGUUGCACAGGUGACAUGAUGGUAAAAAUGAGGUCAAACGGAUUUUAGUUUUCCUAGGGGGGAUUGAACUGUGAACCUUACAUUCACAUGGUACAUCACACAUUUAUUCUUCACCACACAUAUAGCUAUAUACACACUCACAUAGUUUCCUCUGAGAAAGCAAGAUAAAGAGCAGAAGUUCAAACAGAGUUAAAGAAUCUCACAAUUACUGGAUGUCCUUCACACUGUGAACAAACAGGUUUAUAUUCAUAUGUUUUGAUUCCUUCAUCUAAUAUGUCAAGACAAAACAUGUUUCACUGUAAAGACUGAUGGCAUUUCUUUAAAUGUAUACUAAUUGAUUUCAGUUACUAAUUUUAACAUUACUGUAUACACAUCAUUCCAAUUCCGAUAUGAAUUAAUAUAAUACAAAGAUGAAUUAGUAUAAUACACGGUUCACCUAAUAGCGUUUGUGAUAAUCACAUAAGUAUUUGUAUUUAUUUUUAGAUCAGCUUAAUAUUGCAGAUAUAUUGUAACUUCCAUCAAUGUAAUUGUCUGCAUCACUUCCAAUCCCCCAUGUUUAUAUAUAUAUACAUAUAUACAUACAUACACACAUACAUAUACACAUAUAAAUAAAUAAAAAUAUAUAUAUAUAUAUAUAUAUAUAUAUAUAUAUAUAUAUAUAUAUAUAUAUAUAUAUAUAUAUAUAUAUAUAUAUAUAUAUACAUACACAUACAUACACAUAUACACACACACACAUACAUACAUACACAUACAUAUCCUUUAAAAAAAUAUAUAUAUUCCCCUUUAUUAAUUUCCAAACCUGCCACCCUUUCCCCACUUGGAGUAAACUAGUGAACAACAACGCCUAGGCAUCUACUUCCAGCCCAUACACACUAUUUACAUUUUAUGGACACAGUCAAUGUUAUUGUGUGUUUGUUUGCAUGUGUCUAUGUUUGUGUUGCUUCACAGUUCCCGUUGUUCCAUAACGUGUGUUUUUAUCUGUUUUUUUUUUAAAUCUAAUUUUACUGCUGGCAUAAGUUAAUUGAUGUGGAAUAGAGUUCCAUGUAGUCAUGGCUCUAUGUAGUACUGUGCACCUCCCAUAGUCUGUUCUUGACUUGGGGACUGUGAAGAGACCUCUGGUGGCAUGUCUUGUGGGGUAUGCAUGGGUGUCCGAGCUGUGUGCCAGUAGUUCAAACAGACAGCCUGGUUCAUUCAACAUGUCAAUACCUCUCACAAAUACAAGUAGUGAUGAAGUCAAUCUCUCCUCCACUUUGAGCCAGGAGAGAUUGACAUGCAUAUUAUUAAUGUUAGCUCUCUGUGUACAUCCAAGGGCCAGCUGUGCUGCCCUGUUCUGAGCCAAUUGCAAUUUUCCUAAGUCCCUCUUUGUGGCACCUGACCACACGACUGAACAGUAGUCCAGGUGCGACAAAACUAGGGCCUGUAGGACCUGCCUUGUUGAUAGUGCUGUUAAGAAUGCAGAGCAGUGCUUUAUUAUAGACAGACUUCUCCCCAUCCUAGCUACUGUUAUAUCAAUAUGUUUUGACCAUGACAGUUGAAAAUCCAGGGUUACUCCAAGCAAUUUAGUCUCCUCAACUUGCUCAAUUUUGUCAGGCUGACGUGUAUGCGGUAACGAAGUCAAGCGCAGGACACCGAGCUACUGGCAGACGUACUUUACUGAACACAGUAUAGAAAGUACAAUACCAAAAUACCUCCUAACAGGGAGGAAACAAUACUGGCACACAAUAGCUUGCUGACCUCACGAAAAACAAUCACACACAAUAAACUAUGAGAGACAGGCGUAUUUAAUGGGAAUACAAUGCAACAUAAUAGGAAACAGGUGUAAACAAUAAAGACCAAACAAGACAAACACCGAAACAUAGAUCGGUAGCAGCUAGUACUCCGGGGACGAUGAAUGCCGGAGCCUGCCCGAGCAAGGAGGAGGAGCAGCCUCGGCUGAAUCCGUGACAGUACCCCCCCUUGACGCGCGGCCCCAGCCGUGCGCUGACCCCGGCCUCAGGGGACGGCCAGGAGUACGCGGGCAGGGCGAGUCGGAUGACUCCGGUGGAAAUCCCUCAACAUGGAGGGAUCUGGGCAGGUGUCUAGGCGCCUUACACUGGGCGCACACUGAGCAGGAGGAAACAUAAACCCUCACGUCCUUAGCUAAAGUGGGCCACCAGUACUUCCCACUAAGGCAGUGCACUGUCCGACCAAUACCAGGAUGACUAGAGGAGGGUGACAUGUGAGCCCAAUAUAUCAAUCGAUCACGAACCUCGAGCGGCACGUACUUCCGACCCUCUGGACACUGUGGGGGAGUAGGAUCGGUACGUAAUGCCCGCUCGAUGUCCGCAUCAACCUCCCACACCACCGGUGCCACCAGACAAGACUCCAGAAGUAUGGGAGUGGGCUCAAUGGACCUCUCCUCUGUAUCAUAUAGUCGAGACAGGGCGUCUGCCUUAGCGUUCUGUGACCCUGGUCUAUAGGUGAGCUUAAAUACAAAUCGGGUAAAAAACAUAGCCCACCUUGCCUGGCGAGGGUUUAGCCUCCUCGCCGCCCAGAUGUACUCCAGGUUACGAUGGUCAGUCAAAAUGAAAAAAGGGUGUUUAGCCCCCUCAAGCCAAUGCCUCCACACCUUCAGGGCUUGAACCACAGCUAACAGCUCCCCUGUCCCCCACAUCAUAAUUGCGCUCCACCGGACUGAGCCUCUUAGAAAAAAAAGCACAGGGGCGGAGUUUUGGUGGUGUACCCGAGCGCUGAGACAGUACAGCACCGAUCCCAGCCUCGGACGCAUCCACUUCAACUUGGAACGCCAAAUGGGAUCCGGAUGUGCCAGCACCGGAGCCGAGGUAAACAGGCCCUUCAGAUGUCUAAAAGCCCUGUCCGCCUCAGCCGACCACUGCAGACGCACCGGACCCCCCUUUAGCAGGGAGGUAAUGGGAGCUGCUACCUGUCCAAAGCCCCGGAUAAACCUCUGGUAGUAAUUGGAAAACCCAUGAACCGCUGCACUUCCUUCACCGUGGUGGGAGUCUGCCAAUUACGCAUGGCAGAAACGCGGUCAAUCUCCAUCUCCACCACUGACGCGGACAACCAGUGUCCCAGGAAGGAGAUGGACUCCUGGAAGAACAGACAUUUCUCCGCCUUCACAUACAGGUCAUGCUCCAACAGUCUACCAAGCACCCGUCGAACCAGGGACACAUGCUCGGCUCGCAUAGCGGAGUAUAUUAGAAUGUCAUCAAUAUACACCACUACACCCUGUCCAUGCAAGUCCCGGAAAAUCUCGUCCACAAACGAUUGGAAGACUGAAGGAGCAUUCAUUAAACCGUAUGGCAUGACGAGGUACUCAUAGUGACCCGAGGUGGUACUGAAUGCUGUCUUCCACUCAUCUCCCUCCCUAAUGCGCACCAGGUUGUACGCGCUCCUGAGAUCCAAUUUUGUGAAGAAUCGCGCCCCGUGUAAUGACUCAGUCAUACUAGCAAUCAGAGGGAGAGGAUAGCUGUAUUUGAUUGGGAUCUGAUUGAGACCACGGUAAUCAAUACACGGGCGUAAACCCCCAUCCUUCUUCUUCACAAAAAAGAAACUCGAUGAUGCAGGGGAAGUGGACGGCCGUAUGUAUCCCUGUCUCAGAGAUUCGGUGACAUAUGUCUCCAUAGCCGCCGUCUCCUCCUGAGACAGAGGAUAAACAUGACUACGAGGAAGCGCAGUGCCUACUUGGAGGUCUAUCGCACAAUCCCCCUGUCGAUGAGGUGGUAAUUGUGCCAAAUCGGCAUAUUCAGGUGGAAUGUGCAUGGUGGGAACUUGGUUCGGACUUUCCACCGUCGUUGCCCCUACGGAAACACCUACACACCGCCCGAAACAAAGAUCAGACCAUCCCUUGAGAGCCCUCUGUUGCCAUGAAAUGUUGGGAUCAUGAGAUGUUAACCAGGUAAGCCCCAACACCACGGGAAACGCAGGAGAAUCAAUCAAAUACAAACAAAUGAUCUCCUCAUGACCCUCCUCCGUUUUCAUCCUGAGAGACGCUGUGACUUCCCUAAUCAAUCCUGACCCCAAAGGGCGGCUAUCUAGGGCAUGGAUGGGGAAGGGCACAUCAACUGGUACAAUAGGAAUCCCUAACUUAUAGGUGAACUGGCGAUCGAUAAAAUUCCCAGCUGCGCCUGAAUCUACUAGCGCCUUAUGCUGGGAAUGAGGAGAAACCUCGGGAAACACCACUUUAAUACACAUAUGCGCAACAGAGAGCUCUGGGUGAGGUGGGUGCCUACUCACCUGGAAUGACUCAUCAGUGCGAUGCCUACUGCCUCGAUUCCUAGGAGACCCUCCCCAGCACCGACCAGCAGUGUGUCCUCUGCGGCCACAGUUGGUGCAGGGGACGGUCUCUCUCCUGGUCUCUCUCCUGGUCUCCCUAGCUCCAGCACCUCCGAGCUCCAUAGGGGUCGGCUGGGAAGUGCUGGGGGAUGGAAUGGACAGCCCUGAAUCCGGACGUCCGCGGGUAGCCAACAGGGUGUCCCUGCAGGCCAAUUCCCGACGCACGUCCUCCCUCAGGCUACAUCUGUAGUGGUCGAUGAGGGCCCUCUCAUUCCAUCCCGCGUUGGCAGCCAGCGUCCGGAAGUCCAGUGCAAACUCCUGUGCGCUCCUCCUCCCCUGUCUGAGGUGGAAUAGACGCUCACCCGCCGCUUUCCCCUCUGGUGGAUGAUCGAAUAAUGCCCUGAAGUGGCGGGUGAACUCCGCAUAGUUGACAGUAGCGGCGUCUAUUCCCCCCCACUCGGCGUUGGCCCAUUCCAGCGCCUUGCCGGACAGACAGGAGAUGAGGGCGGACACGCUCUCGUAUCCCGAGGGCACCGGGUGGAUGGUUGCCAGGUAGAGUUCAACCUGGAGCAUGAAACCCUGACACCCGGCAGCUGUGCCAUCAUAAGCCCUCGGGAGCGAGAGCCGAAUCCCACUGGACCCCGGAGGUGAAGCGAUGGGCAUCGCCGAUGGUGGUGGUAUCGUCGGAGGAGGUGUAGGCAGACCUCCUCUUUCCCAUCGCUCCAUAGUGCUCACCACCCGUUCCAUGGCGGUGCCGAGAGCCUGGAUCAUGGCCGCUUGUAGUUCGACGCGUUCCUCCAUUGAUUCAGCUGGCACCGCCGCUCCUGCUGACUCCAUGUGUGGUGUGUGAUUCUGUCAGGCUGACGUGUAUGCGGUAACGAAGUCAAGCGCAUGACACCGAGCUACUGGCAGACGUACUUUACUGAACACAGUAUAGAAAGUACAAAACCCCUCCUAACAGGGAGGAAACAAUACUGGCACACAACAGCUUGCCGACCUCACGAAAAACAAUCACACACAAUAAACUAUGAGAGACAGGGGUAUUUAAAGGGAAUACAAUGCAACAUAAUAGGAAACAGGUGUAAACAAUAAAGACCAAACAAGACAAACACCGAAACAUAGAUCGGUAGCAGCUAGUACUCCGGGGACAACGAACGCCGAAGCCUGCCCGAGCAAGGAGGAGGAGCAGCCUCGGCUGAAUCCGUGACAAAUUUCCACAUUAUUCAUUACAAGAUUUAGUUGAGGUUUAGGGUUUAGUAAAUGAUUUGUCCCAAAUACAAUGCUUUUAGUUUUUGAAAUAUUUAGGACUAACUUAUUCCUUGCCACCCAUUCUGAAACUAACUGCAGCUCUUUGUUAAGUGUUGCUGUCAUUUCAGUCACUGUGGUAGCUGACGUGUAUAGUGUUGAGUCUUCCGCAUACUCAAAGCCAGUGGCAUGUCGUUAGUAAAGAUUGAAAAAAGGUGAACUCCUGAUUCUACCUGGAUUUUAUUGGAGAGGCUUCCAUUAAAGAACACCCUCUGUGUUCUGUUAGACAGUUAACUCUUUAUCCACAAUAUAGCAGGGGGUGUAAAGCCAUAACACAUACGUUUUUCCAGCAACAGACUAUAAUAAUAAUGUCAAAAGCCGCACUGAAGUCUAACAAAAGUAGACAUGACACCAUCCUAUGCUUUUCAUUGAAAUUGUUAGAAUUAUGAGAGAUCGUACUGAUUUUCUCUCAAGGACCGAUGGUUAUGGAUGAAGAGAACAGGCCGGAGUGAGUAAUGCUAAUGUUGUAAUUAAAACAGAUGAUCUGGUGACCAGCACAUGUAAACCGAUCCCCAAAUUGCACCCAAAUGAUGGCGGAGAUCGGCGUGAAUCAAAUGACAACGGCUCGCCAUUUGACUGAAAGCAAUCUUUUUAAAAGGGGGAGAGGCCUUUUACUAAGUAUCACAUGGAAAUGAUUCCUCUAUCUGCUUGGGGUGUCACCUGACACGAGAACUCUAUUGAUUGGCAGGGGAUAUAUUACAGCCUCAGUAGUAAUAGCUGCUAGUAAUGGGUUCUCUAUGUGUGUGUGUGUGUGUGUGUGUGUGUGUGUGUGUGUGUGUGUGUGUGUGUGUGUGUGUGUGUGUGUGUGUGUGUGUGUGUGUGUGUGUGUGUGUGUGUGUGUGUGUGCAUGUGUGUGAUUGUGUGUGUGUGUGUGUGUGUGUGUGUGUGUGUGUGUGUUUGUGUUUAUCAGUUUAUUGUGAGUGACCUGUGACAAAUGUCAAGUGAGAUGGGCCCAUACCCACACUAGAAAUGUGAACAGUAUGGUCAUGGUAUAAUAUCAAUGUCUCCUGGAGGCUUGGACAUCCUGGGAAUCCCUAGCCAUGUGGAUGAUUAUGUUAAUCAGGGUUGUGUAUAUUGGGGCACACCGUAGCAAUAUGUUUUGCAACGUAAAAUGAAAAUAAACGUUUCUUAAUGGACAAGUUCAGGUUGUCCCUCCCAGUAUCAGUCUGUUUUCUAUAAUUUGGUGCCAAAUGAAAACGACCCUGGUCUAUAACAUCUCUGUCCCUCAAGUUGUUUAGUGCAUUACAUAAAUGUGGUAAUUGUAUAGUUAGGGUCAACAUUUAGUGUGGCAUGUUAUUUUCAAGCACAUGGUUCAUUUGGAAAAAUAAUAAUUUUGGAAGUAUCUUGUGAGAAAGAUUGAGACAUUAUGAAAGACAUGUCAUCAUGUUUUUGUUGUUGUUGACAAUUAUCAAAUCACAGAUACAUAGAUACUACAUUGUGACUCCAUGACAGAAUGAACUAAACAGAAUGAUCUUUUCAACCUCUUGUAACCAUUCAUUCUAUUUUCAUAGACAGCCUGCAAGUAGUGAUGUGGACUGAAUCAAUCAAUCAAAUGUGUAUGAUAUGUUCACCAGCAUAUCCUGGAUGGAGGAUAUCCCAGAUGGAAGGAGUUGACACUUUAUUUAAAACACACUUCUGAAAGCGAUAUCCCCGGAAAAAAAUGCUAUCUGCAAUUGAUUGCACCACAGCCCCAGUCAUCUGGAGUAGGCGGCUGGUGGCUGAAUUUUUUAUAUACUUACAGGACAAACAACACUGUCUGUCUCCUGGAUAUUUCCUACCACAUGAUAUACUGUGUGUGUGUGAGUGUAUGUGUGAGUACAUUAGUGUUGUCACAAUACCAACACCAGGUUUAGUAUCACAAUACUCGAUACCAUCAUGAUACUCGAUACCAAAAUGAUACCAAAACGAUACCACGGUAAGAAGAAGGCCAAAGUCACAGAAUGGCACUUGAUCCAGACAGAUAAAUUCAGCUACUGCUCUGUUCAAUCGUUGGGCAUCUUUUGAGUUCAUUAUCAUUAAUAUAUAUAUAUAUAUAUAUAUAUAUAUAUAUAUUUGAAUUAUGUCAACAAUUUUCAGAGACAGCCAUGUACUCAUUAAUGAAUCGAUUUUACAAUCAUACAAUACAUUUGACUUUGUUUUUACCAAUCUAACUACAUAACAACAUAAUGGUAAUAAUUUAUUUGAAUGGUAAAUCUAUAUUGAAAAACUGGGUAUAUCAAAAAGAUGUAGCCUAGGCCUAUCCACAAUACAGGUGAAUGCAUUUUCAAUAGGAUUGUGUGCAUGCAUUGAGUUAUUGAGCUUGUUUUGGCUGGGGCUACAGAUGACAAACAAUCCAUUUCCCUUCCAUUUGGGAAUUAUUUGAUUGUACUGAUCAACAACAUUUGCAUAGAAGUAGCUUCUUUUAUAAAAAUGUGCUCUGUCUUUAACCAGUAAUGACAUCAUUCACAAGGCAAGAGGGGGGCGACCUGUCAGAGCACAGUCAGUUCGCUGAGGAAAUAGAUAAGCUUUGGGAGAGAUGUGAGAGAGACCGAAUAAGUGAAUUAAUAAAGUUUUUGGUGGCAAUCAGCUUUAAAAUCAGCAUAUUGUGUGUUAUGGUAUUACAAACAAAGUACUAGGGUAGUGAAUUUAUGUUAGCUUUAGCUGUCAGCUAGCAAGGAAAGUUAGCCUACAAAGCUGGAAGAUACCGUUAUCUUCUUGCAUUGUAAAGUGCUCUAGCCUGUAUGGACAUUGUUUUGCGAACAGUAAUUAACAGUUUCAACAUUUCUACAUAAUAUGUCACAUUAUUCAAGUAUGUUAACUUCUGUGCAGCAUGAGUGGGGAGCUAACAUAAUGAGGUCCAGACUCCCAGUGCAGGCUAGCAAUGAGUAAGUGGAGUAGGGACGUUGCGCCGAACGUAACAAAAAUUCUAGUACCGAAAAGUUUUUCAUGUUCUAGUAUUGAAAAAGUACCAAAGUUUCAGUAUGCCGUGCAACACUAGAGUAAAUGCGCGCAUAGCAGUUCAGGGGGAGGCAAGUCAUUAUGCUACCUCAUUAAACCAAAGAUGUUUUGUUAUCAUUACUUUCUCUAACAUUAAAUUACAUUAGAUUACAUGAUGUGAGUUUGCAAGUGUUCCCACCUGAAUCAUUGGAAAGUAUGUGUAUCUCUUUCAUGCUGCGGCAAUAGGAAUGUCGACCAUAUUGUGGGCAGGUGUGUUGUGUGUACUCUCUGUGUGGGUGUGUGUGUUUGUUUGUGUGUGUGCUUGUGCAUAUAGGGGAUGUAUGUGCGUGUCUGUCACAGGAGGCUCAUAAUAAUGGCCGGAAGGGAGCGCAUGGAAUGGCAUCAAACACCUGGAAACCAUGUGUUUGGUGUAUUUGAUACUAUUCCAGUAAUUCCGCUCCAGUCAUUACCAUGAGCCCGUUUUCCCCAAUUAAGGUGCCACCAACCUCCUGUGGUGUCUGUGUAUAUGUGUCUGUAUGUCUGUGUUUUGUGUGUGUGUGUGUGUAUGCGUGUGCGCGUAGGUGUGUGUGUGUGUGUAGGGGAUGUGUGUGCGUGUCUGGGUAUGUGUCUGUAUGUCUGUGUUUGUGUGUGUGUACAUGUGUAGAUGAAAACAGCCCAUAGCACUGCCACAAUACCAGAUUAUAUGUUUAUGGGUUUUUUAUUGUAUAUUUCCUAUAGCUUGCGCUUCCAUCUGAUGGAGUUUCAUGGCCCACACACCUCAUAAGGCUGUGCUGUUGCAUUCUGGAGAAAUUAGUACUUACAGUAAAGAUAAAUGGCUGAUUAGUGGUACUGGGCGACCACUAAAAGGGCCCACAACUCAUAGCCAUUGACUGGGUCCCAAAUGGUACCCUGUUCCCUAUAUAGUGAACUAAUUUUGGCCAGGGCCCAAAAGUAGCCAUUUUGUGCCAUUUAUAGUUUUUUGACAGAGCAGAAGAGAAACACAUCUCUGUACCAUGAAAGCAAAAGGAGGCUUAAUAACACAGUACACAUCAACCCUGUGUCUUUCCCAAUCCAAAUCAAAGGCUCUGACCACAUUCGAAUAUGUUUUAGUUUGACAGAUAGGCUUGAAACAAGCCAUUUAUUAGCUAGCAUACGGAUUCCUCAGCUUUGGCUGCGACAGACAACCAAUUACGCAUUCCUCCGAUGUCGUCACGGUCCUACUUGACCAGCGAGCAAGACAGAGAGAGAGAGAGAGAGGCCUGGACAGAUCCUCUCCAGUCCUUGCUAUCUCUUACAGUACAUCUCAACCCCUUUUCCAGUUAAAAGAAGGUAAAUAACAGACAGACAGCUUCAUUAGCUCUAGCAUCUGAGGAGACCGCUCUGCCCUGGCUUGCGCCAAUUGUCACUUAAAUAGCAGAGCUUUUACUCAAGGCCCUGGCGGCGACCUCCGAUCAAUUACAGCUGACAUUAUUGUUUGUCAUGAGACUUUCUGCUGGACAGAGGGAGUUAGAGAAAAAAAGAGAUCUGAGCCUGAGCUGUGGCUGAAAAUGUAAUCUCUCUCGCUUUUGUUUCUGUUUCGCUCCACAAACAAUAAAUCAUUCAGUUGAAGAGAUAAUAAUGUGGCAAGUAGGAGCUGGUUAAAUUUUUGUCAAGGGAAAUCUAGCCACUCUAGAGCUAAAACUGUUGGUUGGCAGCUAGACAGAGGUCUGUGUGCUAUUCGGAAGGCUAGGUAUUCAGUCGGACACCUUUGGAUUAAUUUGCCAUUAUUCCCACCCCAGAGGAUUCCCCAUUGUAGGAAAAGGUGGUUAGAAUAGCUGUCUCCAUCAGGAGUACUGUUAACACACACACACACACACACAGGCACACACAGACACACACACACACCGCUAGAACACCAGCAGGAUUAACAAUAGAGGAUAUUGCUUCGCUUCAGGUUAAUGACUCAGUCAUUUUAGUCAUUGAAAGAGGUAGCAAUUAUUGCCCUCUUUUUAAUCAUUUUAAACCCUUCAUCAACUGAUUUUGUAUUAAUGCUUGAACAUGCUUGUUGUUUUCCAGACAUAUUCCAUGUGUUUCUGUCUGACAACACCUUUUUAAUCAUGUGAUCUUUCCGAAGGGUAUUUGAAUUCAUUACAUUUAUCCUCCAUGAUUCGGAUCAUUGCUUAUUCAUGCGUGCACUUCCAAGGUACUGUAUUACCCAUAGCUUGAGCUGUUUGCCUGCGUAUUAAUUUGUUGUUUUAAUGAUGGUAGCUAAGUAGGAGUUUACCUUUGGAAGUCCCUAGGGAUUACUCCAGGUAAAUUACUCCAAAUGGUGUUGUUUAUGCUCUUCACUAGGAAAGCAACGCAUGGGAAUUAAACUCGCUGAAGUUGAACUACUGUAUAGGGGAAUAACAGUAACUGACAAACUAAUGCAUCUAGCGAUGUGGUUACAUGAAAACCAAACUUACUGUAAUGUUGAUCAAGUUAGGUCCUUUUCAUAUUGUUCAAAACAUUUAUUGAAAGGGGUCAAAAACAAACAAUGCAGUCACACACACAUACCAAUGUCCAUAUUAUUUAAAUAUUACAAUAGUUGGCCUGUCUACUUCUAACCCAUUCACUAUAAAUCCACCAUAUACUGUAAGUACCUGGGAAAAGUAAUUGAACCCCUUCCAAUACAAAGAAAACAACAAUAUGUCUGGAAAAAAAACAUACACUCAAAUAAACAACUAAAACACUCAGCUAUGUUCCAUCAACACCUAAUAUAUGCCUUUCAGUCCCCCAUGAAAGGACUGUGUGAACUCGUCUUGGCCUACAACAGGUUCCCCUACAGUCAACUGAAUGGGCCUUUAUGGAGGAAACAUCGUUUGAGGAUGGUUGAGAGAGAUCUAGAGAUCAAGAGGUGUGCAUGUGUGUGUGUGUGUGUGUGUGUGCAUACCUUUCAGACUGAGACAUACCAUAGAAGUACAGUACAGCGGUUAACACAAGAGACAUCACUCACGGCUAUGGUUGAUAAAGCAGUAUUUUAAUGACAAAAGCAAAGUCAUAUCAGUGUCAGGCAAUGAUUUUUAAAAAUCUCUCUCCCCUCUUAUGUGUAUGUUGUUUUCCUUAAGAUGUAAGUCAGACGUAGUGUGUGUGUGUGUCCGGGUCUGUGUGUUCUUGCACAUGCCUGCGUUGCAUGUGUAUGUGCGCACUUGGCAAUGUGUAUCCCUCAAAGCAGAAUACCGCUCCCCACGUUGGCCCUUGAGUGCAUUGGAAACGUAGAUACACACACAUACAGUGGGCCUCUCCAUGAUGUCUCACUGUAAGUACCCCUGCCAUCAGGCCCUCUGUGGCACUGUUUUAAUUGAGCCCAGGACGCUGAGAGGUCAUUGAUUCUUCAUGUUUGGGAAUGCUCGCCACUCGGAAUCUGCAUGCCAUCUUUCUUAUGGAAAUCAACAUGAUUCGGGAAGAAUGGAAGGGAACAACGGCGAGAAGGACUACCUCCUUGUCUUUCAUUUCACAAACAGCCCUUGUCUUUUGAGGUUUUCUUUGCGGUGUGGAUCGCCUUGCCCCUUGUUGGCAACUGAUGUUUUCUCGCAAAAGCAGAGUUGUUUUGUGGAUUAGCUUUCUGUGUUGGUUCUAGCGUUGUUGUUUUUUUCUUCUUUUUCUUUAGGCUCUUUACUUUGAGCCAAGCUGCCAAAAGAAAACACAAAAAAAUCUGUUUUUUUAGAUGUUUGCUUUAAACUACUUCAGGGGGAAGCAUCUGAGUGUCAAAGGAACAAGACCAAAAUGUUCCCAGUCACUUUUCAUCCCGCCAAGUUCAAAGCCCCCCAAAGAAGUGGUGGGAUGGUCUUCAGAGAUAGAUGGGAGGGGUUGAGGGUAGCUGAAUGAUGGGACUAAAAACAAACAAAAGAUAGCUAAUGUAAAAUAUACUGUGUCCGUAAAAUGUAUAUAGUAUGUGCAAACUGGAAGUAUCUUCCGAGUGGCGCAGUGGUCUAAGGCACUGCAUCACAGUGCUAGCUGUACCACUAGAGAUCCUGGUUCAAAUUGUAGCCGGCCAUGACCGGGAGACCCAUGGGGCGGUGCGCAAUUGGCCCAGUGUUGUCCAGGGUAGGGGAGGGAAUGGCCGGCAGGGAUUUACAUUUACAUUUUGAGUCAUUUAGCAGACGCUCUUAUCCAGAGCGACUUACAGUUAGCGAGUGCAUACAUUAUUUAUUUUUUCAUACUGGCCCCCCGUGGGAAACGAACCCACAACCCUGGCGUUGCAAGCGCCAUGCUCUACCAACUGAGCUACACGGGGCCCAGGGAUGUAGCUCAGUUGAUAGAGUAGAAGCCUAGUUAUUGUUAUCCAUUAGUUUACUCCAAUUAGGGAGGGGUGGUAGGGUUAGGGGAAAAUAAUAACGGAAAACAUAUACAUAUAUAUAUUCAUUCGUGGUCAAAAGUUUUGAGAAUGACACAAGUAUUGGUCUUCAAAACGAUUGCUGCUUCAGUGUUUUUAGAUAUUUUUGUCAGAUAUUACUAUGGUAUACUGAAGUAUAAUUACAAGCAUUCCAUACGUGUCAAAGGCUUGUAUUGACAAUUCCAUGAAGUUUAUGCAAAGAGUCAAUAUUUGCAGUGUUGACCCUUCUUUUUCAAGACCUCUGCAAUCCGCCAAGGCAUGCUGUCAAUUAACUUCUGGGCCACAUCCUGACUGAUGGCAGCCCAUUCUUGCAUAAUCAAUGCUUGGAGUUUGUCAGCCUUUGUGGGUUUUUGUUUGUCCACCCGCUUCUUGAGGAUUGACCACAAGUUCUCAAUGGGAUUAAGGUCUGGGGAGUUUCCUGGCCAUGGACCCAACAUUUUGAUGUUUUGUUCCCCGAGCCACUUAGUUAUCACUUUUGCCUUAUGGCAAGGUGCUCCAUCAUGCUGGAAAAGGCAUUGUUUGUCACCAAACUGUUCUUGGAUGGUUGGGAGAAGUUGCUCUCUGAGGAUGUGUUGGUACCAUUCUUUAUUCAUGGUUGUGAUCUUAGGCAACAUUGUGAGUGAGCCCACUCCCUUGGCUGAGAAGCAACCCCACACAUGAAUGGUCUCAGUGUGAGAAUGUGAUUUGAAGGAGUCAGGCGCAGGAGGGUAAAUCACUGAAUUAAGAGUUUAUUCCGUAGGACACAGUUAGGCUGGAUAGCGUCAACAAAAUACAGGCACACGGGGAACAAUAUCCCCGGAAAUACAAGGUACGGGUAGCUCAACCGAGCUCAACUCACAAGUAACAAUCACCCACUAGGACAAGGGGGGCAGAGGGAACUCUUAUAUGUGUACUAAUGAGGGGAUAUGAACCAGGUAUGUGUAAUUGACAAGACAAGACAAAUGGAAUGAUGAGAUAUGGAGCGGCAGUGGCCGAUGACGACGAACGCCGAAGCCUGCCCGAACAAGGAGGGGAGGCAGCUUCGGAGGAAGUCGUGACAGUACCCCCCCUCUUGACGCGCAGCUCCAGCAGCACGCCGACCCCGGCCUCGGGUAUGGCCUGGAGUACGCGGAGCAGGGCGAGCCGGAUGGCGACGGUGGAAGUCCCGCAACAGGGAGGGAUCGAGGAUAUUCCUCGCCGUGACAACACAGCACCGUUCCUCCUGACCGUACGAGGGGUUAAUACAGUAAUCGGGGGGGAAGUAAUAACCUAUAUGUGACCUUGUUGAUUCUCCUCAGGACUUUAAAUGGCCCCACAAACCGCGGGCUCAGCUUCCGGCAGGGCAGGCAGAGGGGCAGAUUCCGGGUCGAGAGCCAGACCCGAUCACCCGGUAUGAAAACCGGGACCUCACUGUGGUGGCGGUCAGUGUUGGCCUUCUGAUGACGCACGGCGUGUUGGAGGUGGACGUGGGCAGCGUCCCACGUCUCCUCCGUGCACCGAAACCAGUCAUCCACCGCAGGAGCCUCGGUCUGGCUCUGGUGCCAUGGUGCCAGAACCGAUUGGUAACCUAGAACACACUGGAAAGGUGUUAGGUUAGUGGAGGAGUGCCGGAGAGAGUUCUGGGCAUAUUCGGCCCAUGGCAAGAACACCGACCACUCCCCCGGCCAGUCCUGGCAGUAGGACCGCAUGAACCUACCCAAAUCCUGAUUUACCCAUUCCUCCUGCCCAUUAGACUCGGGGUGGAACCCAGAGGUCAGGCUGUCCGAGACCCCCAGACAUUCCAUGAACGCCUUCCAGACCUUGGAUGUGAACUGGGGACCUCGGUCAGACACUAUGUCCUCUGGUACCCCGUAGUGCUGUAAGACGUGUGUAAACAGGGCCUCCGCAGUUUACAAGGCCGUGUGGAGACCGGGCCGAUGGAAGGAGGCGGCAGGCCUUGACAAAGCGAUCCACAACGACCAGGUGUGUUGUUACCUUGGGAGAGGGGAAGAUCAGUCAGGAAAUCAACACUUAGAUGAGACCAUGGUCAUUGUGGAAUUGGUAAAGGUUGUAACUUACCCGCUGGGAGGUGCCUAGGUGCCUUACUCUAGGCGCACACCGAGCAGGAGGCCAAGUUAGGCCACCAGUACUUUCCGGUCAGGCAGCGCACUGUACGACCGAUACCUUGGUGACCAGAGGAGGGUGACGUGUGUGCCCAGUAGAUCAGAUGAUCACGGAUAAGAGCAGGCAUGUACCGCAGCCCAGCUUGACACUGAGGUGGAGAUGGAUCUGUGCGUAAUGCCUGCUCUAUAUCCGCGUCCAUCGCCCAUACUACCGGCGCCACAAUGCAGGAAGCCGGGAGUAUGUGGGUGUUGUCUUUGGGCCUCUCCUCUGUGUCAUACAGCCGUGACAAUGCGUAUGCUUUCAUGUUCUUCGUACCCGGGAUGUAUGACAGUGUAAAAUCGAACCGGGUGAAGAAUAGGGCCCACCUGGCCUGGCGAGGAUUCAGCCUCCUCGCUGGCUGGAGUACUCCGGGUUACGGUGGUCCGUACAGACGAGGAAAGGGUGUUUCGCCCCUUUGAGCCAAUGCCUCCACAUAAUCAAAGCUCGGACAACAGCCAACAGCUCCCGAUCACCAACGUCGUAGUUCUGCUCCGCUGGGCUGAGCUUCUUAGAGAAGAAUGCACAGGGGCGGAGCUUGGGUGGCGUGCCCGAGUGUUGAGAUAGGACAGCGCCUAUCCCUACCUCGGAUGCAUCCACCUCCACUACGAAUGGUAGUGAUGGAUCGGGGUGGACCAGUACCGGGGCUGAGGUGAACAGACCCCUCAGAUUCCUGAAGGCCACGUCAGCCUCAGCAGACCAGCGGAGCCGGGACGGCCCACCCUUCAACAGAGAUGUAAUGGGUGCUGCGACCUUGCCAAAGCCCCGGAUAAACCUCCGAUUGUAGUUGGCAAAGCCCAGAAAGCGCUGCACCUCCUUAACCGUGGUGAGGGUCGGCCAAUUACGCACGGCUGAAACGCGAUCCCCCUCCAUCUCCACCCCUGAGGUGGUAAUGUGGUAUCGGAGGAAGAAGACCGACUGCUGGAAAAACAUACACUUCUCUGCCUUGGCAUAAAGGUCAUUCUCCAACAGUCAGACCAGCUCUUUGCGAACCAGGGACACAUGCUCGGCGCGCGUAGCGGAAUACACCAGAAUGUCAUGUAGACCACUACAGCGCGACCAAGCAUGUCCCGAAACACCUCUUUCACAAAGGACUAAAGACGGAUGGAGCAUUCAUCAAACUGUAGGGCAUCACCAGGUAUUCAUAAUGCCCGUGGUUGUGCUGAAUGCUGUCUUCCACUCAUCCCCCUCCCGAACACGCACCAGGGUGUACGCACUCCUGAGAUCUAAUUUGGUGAAGAAGCGCAUUGACUCGAUUACUGACGGAAUGAGGGGGAGAGGAUAACUAAACCUGAUCGUCUCCUUGUUCAGUGGUCGAUAAUCAAUGCAAUGGCGCAGACCGCCGUCUUUCUUCUUCACAAAGAAGAAACUCGAGGAGGGGGUGAAGUGGAGGGACCUACAGUGGGGGAAAAAAUUAUUUAGUCGGCCACCAAUUGUGCAAGUUCUCCCACUUAAAAAGAUGAGAGAGGCCUGUAAUUUUCAUCAUAGGUACACGUCAACUAUGACAGACAAAAUGAGAAAAACAAUUCCAGAAAAUCACAUUGUAGGAUUUUUAUUGAAUUCAUUUACAAAUUAUGGUGGAAAAUAAGUAUUUGGUCAAUAACAAAAGUUUCUCAAUACUUUGUUAUAUACCCUUUGUUGGCAAUGACACAGGUCAAACGUUUUCUGUAAGUCUUCACAAGGUUUUCACACACUGUUGCUGGUAUUUUGGCCCAUUCAUCCAUGCAGAUCUCCUCUAGACCAGUGAUGUUUUGGGGCUGUCGCUGUGCAACACAGACUUUCAACUCCCUCCAAAGAUUUUCUAUGGGGUUGAGAUCUGGAGACUGGCUAGGCCACUCCAGGACUUUGAAAUGCUUCUUCCGAAGCCACUCCUUCGUUGCCCGGGCGGUGUGUUUGGGAUCAUUGUCAUGCUGAAAGACCCAGCCACAUUUCAUCUUCAAUGCCCUUGCUGAUGGAAGGAGGUUUUCACUCAAAAUCUCACAAUACAUGGCCCCAUUCAUUCUUUCCUUUACACGGAUCAGUCGUCCUGGUCCCUUUGCAGAAAAACAGCCCCAAAGCAUGAUGUUUCCACCCCCAUGCUUCACAGUAGGUAUGGUGUUCUUUGGAUGCAACUCAGCAUUAUUUGUCCUCCAAACACGACGAGUUGAGUUUUUACCAAAAUAUUUUGGUUUCAUCUGACCAUAUGACAUUCUCCCAAUCCUCUUCUGGAUCAUCCAAAUGCACUCUAGCAAACUUCAGAUGGGCCUGGACAUGUACUGGCUUAAGCAGGGGGACACGUCUGGCACUGCAGGAUUUGAGUCCCUGGCGGCAUAGUGUGUUACUGAUGUUAGGCUUUGUUACUUUGGUCCCAGCUCUCUGCAGGUCAUUCACUAGGUCCCCCCGUGUGGUUCUGGGAUUUUUGCUCACCGUUCUUGUGAUCAUUUUGACCCCACGGGGUGAGAUCUUGCGUGGAUCCCCAGAUCGAGGGAGAUUAUCAGUGGUCUUGUAUGUCUUCCAUUUCCUAAUAAUUGCUCCCACAGUUGAUUUCUUCAAACCAAGCUGCUUAUCUAUUGCAGAUUCAGUCUUCCCAGCCUGGUGCAGGUCUACAACUUUGUUUCUGGUGUCCUUUGACAGCUCUUUGGUCUUCGCCAUAGUGGAGUUUGGAGUGUGACUGUUUGAGGUUGUGGACAGGUGUAUUUUAUACUGAUAACAAGUUCAAACAGGUGCCAUUAAUACAGGUAACGAGUGGAGGACAGAGGAGCCUCUUAAAGAAGAAGUUACAGGUCUGUGAGAGCCAGAAAUCUUGCUUGUUUGUAGGUGACCAAAUACUUAUUUUCCACCAUAAUUUGCAAAUAAAUUCAUAAAAAAUCCUACAAUGUGAUUUUCUGGAUUUUUUUUCUUCUCAAUUUGUCUGUCAUAGUUGACAUGUACCUAUGAUGAAAAUUACAGGCCUCUCUCAUCUUUUUAAGUGGGAGAAUUUGCACAAUUGGUGGCUGACUAAAUACUUUUUUUCCCAACUGUAUAUACCCCUGGCGCAGGGACUCAGUGACAUAUGUUUCCAUACCCGCCGUUUCAGCCUGCGACAGGGGGUACACAUGACUCCUGGGAGGUACAGCGUCUACCCAGAGGUUUAUCGCGCAAUCCCCCGCCCGAUGAGGUGGUAACUUGGUAGCCUGCGUCUUUGAAAAUGCGUGCGCCAAAUCGAGGUAUUCGGGGGGAAUGCGCACGGUGGAGGUACUGUCUGGACUUUCCACCGUGGUUGCACCAACGGAAACACCUAGACACCUACCCUGACACUCUCGCGAUCACCCCGUGAGAACCCUCUGCGGUGGGGUUGUGGAGUGCUAACCAAGGGAUACCUAAUAACACACAGAAAGCAGGGGACUCAAUAAAAAAAAAAGUGAUCUGCUCACAAUGACUCUCCUGGGUAAUCAUGGUGACUGGUGCAGUAACUUCCUGAACAAACCCGGACCCUAAUGGUCGACUAUCAAGUGCUCUGAUGGGGAGUGGAAUGGAUAGGGGAACCAAUGAAAUACCUAGACGGCGUGAGAAUGCCCUGUCCAUAAAGUUCCCAGCUGCGCCUGAAUCGACUAGCGCCUUACACUGGGGAACUACCAUGUGAUCGGGAAAGUAGAUGGGUAGGGUACAGUGCAAAGCAGAGGGCUCUGAACGAGUGUGGAUGUUCGAUACCUGGGGUGAUGCGAGAGUGCCCUGCCUGUCGCCUCCAGACCCAAAAGAGCAUUGACUACUCUGUGUGGUGUACUGUUGCUGUCGUCCUCUGCUCUCUCGGAUGGUGGCUCCACCCAGCUCCAUCAGCUCGGGAUCCGAGUAGGCCGGGGUGGGAACGAGCAGACCCCUUCCAGGAUGUCCUCUGGCUGCCAGCAGGUUGUUAAAAUGGAUGGCCAUGUCCACCAGUUGCGUGAAAGACAACAUGGUGUCCCGGCAAGCUAGCUCCCGUCGGACGUCCUCCCGCAGAUGGCACCGGAAAUGGUCGAUAAGGGCCCGCUAGUUCCACCCGGACCCAGCUGCCAGAGUCAAAAACUACAAAGCGAAGUCCUGCGUGGUCCCCGUCCCCUGCCUCAGGUGGACCAGCCGCUCGCCCGCCUCUUGACCCUCGGGCGGGUGAUCGAAGACCGCCCGAAAGAGGCGAGCAAACUCCCCGUAGUUCUCCAAUGCGGCUCCUCCUUCGUUCCACACAGCGCUGGCCCACUCCAGGGCUUUCCCCGAGAUGCAGGAGACGAGGGCGGACACCUUCUCCUGCUCCGAUGGGGCCGGCCUGAUGCUGGAGAAAUAGAGCUCCAGUUGGAGGAGGAAUCCUUGGCAGAGCGCCGCUGUCCCGUCGAACUCCCGCUGUCGGGAUAUCUGGAUCCCUCCGGGUGCUGGGGUAUGGGUGGCUGGAUCCGGUUGGCCAGCUGGUCUCGACAGAUCGGUUCCUCUCCUCUCCAGGCGUUGGACGACCUGAAGAAUCCGAUCCAUCGCUUCCCCCAAGCUGGCCAGCAUUGUGGAAUGCUCCUGGACCCGUGCCACGACUCCAGGCAUGCGCUCCUCUCCCGCUGACUCCAUAGUGUCGGGUGGGUGAUUCUGUGAGAAUGUGAUUUGAAGGAGUCAGGCGCAGGAGGGUAAAUCACUGAAUAAAGAGUUUAUUCCGUAGGACACAGUUACGCUGGAUAGCGUCAACAAAAUACAGGCACACAGGGAAUAAUAUCCCCGGAAAUACAAGGUACGGGUAGCUCAACCGAGUUACACUCAACUCACAAGUAACAAUGACCCACAAGGAGAAGGGGGGCAGAGGGAACACUUAUACAUGUACUACUGAGGGGAUAUGAACCAGGUGUGUGUAAUUGACAAGACAAGACAAAUGGAAUGAUGAGAUAUGGAGCGGCAGUGGCUAGUAGGCCGGUGAUGACGAAUGCCGAAGCCUGCCCGAACAAGGAGGGGAGGCAGCUUCAGAGGAAGUCGUGACACUCAGGAUGCUUUACUGUUGGCAUGACACAGGACUGAUGGUAGCGCUCACCUUGUCUUCUCCGGACAAGCUUUCUUCCGGAUGCCCCAAACAAUUGGAAAGGGGAUUCAUCAGAGAAAAUGACUUUACCCCAGUCCUCAGCAGUCCAAUGCCUGUACCUUUUGCAGAAUAUUAGUCUGUCCCUGAUGUUUUUCCUGGAGAGAAGUGGCUUCCUCGCUGCCCUUAUUGACACCAGCCCAUCCUCCAAAAGUCUUUGCCUCACUGUGCGUGCAGAUGCACUCACACCUGCCUGCUGCCAUUCCUGAGCAAGCUCUGCACUGGUGGUGCCCCGAACCCGCAGCUGAAUCAACUUUAGGAGAUGGUCCUGGCGCUUGCUGGACUUUCUUGGGUGCCCUGAAGCCUUCUUCACAACAAUUGAACCUCUCUCCUUGAAGUUCUUGAUGAUCCGAUAAAUGGUUGAUUUAGGUGCAAUCUUACUAGCAGCAAUAUCCUUGCCUGUGAAGCCCUUUUUGUGCAAAGCAAUGAUGAUGGCACGUGUUUCCUUGCAGGUAACCAUGGUUAACAGAGGAAGAACAAUGAUUUCAAGCACCACCCUCCUUUUAAAGCUUCCAGUCUGUUAUUCUAACUCAAUCAGCAUGACAGAGUGAUCUCCAGCCUUGUCCUCAUCAACACUCUCACCUGUAUUAACGAGAGAAUCACUGACAUGAUGUCAGCUGGUCCUUUUGUGGCAGGGCUGAAAUGCAGUGGAAAUGUUUUUUUGGGGAAGUAAGUUCAUUUUCAUGGCAAAGAGGGACUUUGCAAUUAAUUGCAAUUCAUCUGAUCACUCUUCAUAACAUUCUGGAGUAUAUGCAAAUUGCCAUCAUAACAACUGAGGCAGCAGACUUGUGAAAAUUAAUAUUUGUGUCAUUCUCAAAACUUUUGACCAUGACUGUACACACUACCGUUCAAAAGUUUGGGGUCACUUAGAAAUGUCCUUGUUUUCCAUGAAAACAUACACAAAAUGAGUUUGAAAAGGAAAUAUAGGAAAAUGAAUAGGAAAUGUAGUCAUUGACAAGGUUAGAAAUACUGAUUUUUAAUUGAAAUAAUAAUUGUGUGCUUCAAACUUUGCUUUCGUCAAAGAAUCCUCCAUUUAGCACAAUUAUAGCCUUGUAGACCUUUGGCAUUCUAGUUGUCAAUUUGUUGAGGUAAUCUGAAGAGAUUUGACCCCAUGCUUCCUGAAGCACCUCCCACAAGUUGGAUUGGCUUGAUGGGCACUUCUUACGUACCAUACAGUCAAGCUGCUCCCACAACAGCUCAAUAGGGUUGAGAUCCGGUGACGGUGCUGGCCACUCCAUUAUAGACAGAAUACAAGCUGACUGCUUCUUCCCUAAAUAGUUAUUGCAUAGUUUGGAGCUGUGCUUUGGGUCAUUGUCCUGUUGUAGGAGGAAAUUGGCUCCAAUCAAGCACCGUCCACAGGGUAUGGCAUGGCGUUGCAAAAUGGAGUGAUAGCCUUCCUUCGUCAAGAUCCCUUUUACCCUGUACAAAUCUCCCACUUUACCAGCACCAAAGCACCCCCAGACCAUCACAUUGCCUCCACCAUACUUGACAGAUGGCAUCAAGCACUCCUCCAGCAUCUUUUCAUUUGGUCUGUGUCUCACAAAUGUUCUUCUUUGUGUUCCGAACACCUCAAACUUCAAUUCGUCUGUCCAUAACACUUUUUUCCGAUCUUCCUCUGUCAAGUGUCUGUGUUCUUUUGCCCACAAUAAUCUUUUCUUUUUAUUGGCCAGUCUGAGAUAUGGCUUUUUCUUUGCAAAUCUGCCUAGAAGGUCAGCAUCCCGGAGUCGCCUCUUCACUGUUGAUGUUGAGACUGGUGUUUUGCGGGUACUAUUUAAUGAAGCUGCCAGUUGAGGACCUGUGAGGUUUCUCAAACUAGACACUCUAAUGUAUUUGCCCUCUUGCUCAGAUGUGCACCGAGGCCUCCCACUCUUUAUAUUUUGGUUAGAGACAGUUUGCGCUGUUCUAUGAAGGGAGUAGUAAACAGCGUUGUACGAGAUCUUCAGUUUCUUGGCAAUUUCUUGCAAGGAAUAGCCUUAAUUUCUCAGAACAAGAAUAGACUGACGAGUUUCAGAAGAAAGUUAUUUGUUUCUGGCCAUUUUGAUCCUGUAAUCGAACCCACAAUUGCUGAUGCUCCAGAUACUCAAUUAGUCUGAAGAAGGUCAGUUUUAUUGCUUCUUUAUUCAGCACAACAGUUUUCAGAUGUGGUAACAUAAUUGCAAAAGGGUUUUCUAAUCAUCAAUUAGCCUUUUAAAAUGAUAAACUUGGAUUAUCAAACACAAUGUGCCAUUAGAACACAGUACUGACGGUUGCUGAUAAUGGGCCUCUGUACGCAUAUGUAGAUAUUCCAUUAAAAAUCAGCCAUUUCCAGCUACAAUAGCCAUUUACAACAUUAACAAUGUCUACACUGUAUUGCUGAUCAAUUUGAUGUUAUUUUAAUGGACAAAAAAAAAACUGGAACAUUUCUAAGUGACCCCAAACUUUUGAACGGUAGUAUAUAUAUAUAUAUAUAUAUAUAUAUAUAUAUAUAUAUAUAUAUAUAUAUAUAUAUAUAUAAAAUAAUAUAUUUCUUUAUAGAAGCUAAAUUAAAGCUGGUGGUAGUGCAGAGAGGAGGGUGCUUGUGGUUUGGAACACAUACCUAACUUUGACCUUCUGUGUGUGUUCAUGUUCUUUGAAAGUUAGACCUUUUCAUUACACUGUACCAUCUAAAGGCACAGCGGAGUGCUAGCUUACACUAUUCCCCAUCGUAUUUUUUUACAAGGCAUUCCUUACAUUUCUGGCCGACUAAUGUCUCCACUUUGACCAAUUAGAGCACUAUUGCAGAGCCGAAAUGGAAUAACAUUUGUUAGAAAUCUGAUCUUGUAAUGGGGUAACAUGGCCAAUGCAGAUCACAGAACAGAGCUGAAAUUAAAUCAAAAUGUCCUGUUGUUGUAAGAGUUAAAAGUCAGACUUGCUUGUUCAGUGGUCCAGACUAUCCUAGGUCCUAUACACUGUACAGUAAUUAGCCUGUAGCCAUUUGUCACACUGUAGUUCUGAGGAUACUUGUUUUGUUAUUAGCGUGUUUUAACAAGUCAUUUGGGUAAUGGCUUCCAAUGAUUGCCUUAUUUUUGCAGAUGUUUGUCCCAAAUGGCACCCUAUUCCUAUAAAGAAUAGGGUGCCAUUUGGGAUGCAGACUAAGAUUAUGCAUUACGUGUAAGUAGUGAGCCCUAUUUCCAUAACCUUUUAUUCAACUACAGAAUAAUUAAUGCGUCUUUUAUGGCUGUGUUAACUUUUGGCUUUGAACUACUGUUAUCAUCAUUACCAUUUUAUUACAGUUAUGGUAUCUAUUAUUAACAUGUGUUGUUAAACAUUUACGCCUCAAAAUAUACUGUAGGGAAGGACCGGGUUCAACUCAUCCCGCAAAAAUGAUUAGAGUAGUGUAGUGUAGUGUCGUUUGAUAAUAAUAAUUGUAUGUUGUUAUUUUAGCAUUCCAUGGCUUGCCAGUAUCAGUGAUCUGUAGGUUAUACCAGCAUAUCCACCCACCUCGGUAUGAGAGAAAGAAUAUUUCAGCAAAUCUUAAUUCAAUCAAAUCUACAAUGCAGUAUUUGCAGUUUUAAGCCCUAUUCGGACAGGAUUUGUUUUCCUGGGGGAGGUCGGGUAAUGUAAUUAUGUGCACGAGGACAAAACACCAUAUCUGUAAUUUUUGUCCUGUCCGAAUCUGCCAUGUCAGUAAUUUGUACAUGGCAGGAGAGUAACAAUUCCAGAUAGAAUAACUGAUAAUACUAGUCCUGUGCGAAUUGACAUCCCUGUGUUUAGAGAAAAAAUUCUGAGUUUGACAGGUGUUGCUCGCGGUUUCAGCAAGAAAACAAUAACUGAUUUGAUAAAUUGUUGUGCAUAGCCUAUAUAUGAAGGGCCUACAUGUGUCAAGUUUCACAGUGAACACUUUUGUUUAUACGUUUUGUGCGAAUGAAUUGAACAUCGGCAAAUGCAUCAGUAAAAAAUAUUGCGCCUUUUAAUGCAACCCUUGCUGUUAAUAGAUCACAAAGCAGCAUACAACUGUGCUAAAUGUUUGGGCAUUUACUGUAUCCCAACAUAAAAUAAUGAUUAUGACCACACUUCCUAAAUUCAAAAAUGUUGGCGACACUAUACCAAAGAUGGUUUGUUAUGGUUUAGAAACUUGGGAACCAGGCACGAGUUCUCAGUGUAGCCAUGUUAUCACCUGGACUUGUUGAAAUAUCUUCAUGCCUAGAAAGAAAUAACUCUGGAAUAAUGGACUUCUGGGGUAAUAAUUACAUAACCAACGUUCUCUAGUAAUACUAGUCACGUGUGAAUAGGGCUUUUCAGUUACAUUUAGAUAAAGCUUUUUCUUAUGGUCAAACAAAAACCUUAACAUUGUAGAAGGUUAUGACUGAAACCAGCCCUUAUUGGUUACCUUUAUGUCAAAUUAACCAAUUAACCAAUCAAUAUCAUCCAAUCCAGAUGAACCAAUCAACCAUGGAUUCCAUUAACCAAUCACCUUUCUCCCCUGUUGUAGGUUUGGAACUGCCCUUCAUGAUGAUGCCCCACCCCCUGAUCCCGUGCAGCUUGCCCCCUGCUUCUGUCACCAUGGCAAUGAGCCAGAUGAACCACCUCAGCACCAUCGCCAACAUGGCCGCCGUCGCACAGCAACAGAGCCUGCCCUGCAGAAUGGUCACCUCAGUCAUCAAGGUAAGCUGUGUAUAAUAAACAUAAAACUAAACUAUAAAGUAUUAAAUUAUAUGACAGUGUUUCCCAAUCCUGAUCCUUGGGGCCCAUAACUUUGAUACUGCUAGGGCAAAAAUAAAAUAUGCACCCAUUUGGGUCCCCAGGACCAGGAUUGGGAAACACUGUUAUAUUCCAACAUGGCCGAUGUGGCACAGCAACAGAGCCUGCCCUGCAGAAUGGUCACCUCAGUAAUCAAGGUAAACCGCUAGAAUGGACUUCAUUUACUAAACUGUAAAUUAAACAUAUUACAACAUGGCUGCCGUGACACAGCAACAGAGCAUGCCCUGCAGAAUAGUCACAACAGUCAUCGAGAUAAACUGGCAGAAUGGACACGCACUGUGUAUAACUAACAUACAGCUCUGGACAUUUAAAGUUACUUAUCCUGAACUUUUGACUGUGAUGACAGAUAGGGAAGAACUAUGGAAAUGUCUGUUGAUUACACAGCAUCUACUUUCAUGGACCUCAGUUGUCGCUGGUGAGCUUUGACCUUGUCACUGAUGUCCCUCUGUCAUUGACAGGAGCGUGUCCCAGACAGUCCCUCCCCCGCCCCCUCCUUAGAGGACGGCAGGAGGCCCGGCAGUCACCCGUCGUCCCACCGCAGCAGCAGUGUCUCCAGCUCGCCGGCCCACACAGAGAGCUCCUCAGACAGGAUACGUACGUCCCCCUAUUCCCUCCCCAUGCAACGAGUCAGACUGGCUAACUGCGUGUUCAGUUCCGCAAGUAAACAAACCGACCCCGCUAACCCACUAACCCAAUUUUGUUGUUGUUGUUGUUGUUGUUGUUGUUGUACUGAACCGAUAAAUCAAUUGAUUUUAGAGUUGGGAUUUUGUAGUGCUCUUCAAUCCUAGUCCUAGGUACUCACUGGGUGUGUAAGUUUUUGUUUCAGCCCAACAGCAGUAACACACCUGAUUCAGCUAAUCAAGUGCUAGAUGAUUCAUUUGAUGAUUAAUACACUUGAUCAGUUGAGUCAGGUAUAUUAGUGCUGGGCUGGAACAAACCUUGCACACUAUAGGGUCCUUACGACCAGGAUUGAAAAACACUUAUUCUGAGUCAUCCACGUGUUCAAAAUUUGCUAGCUAGCUGUUCAUUUCCAAAAACAGGGCAUAGACAGGUCAACUCAAACAGACAAAGACAUCUUCUAGCUCACCUGUACUACUCUCUCUCUCCUCUCCAGCCAUACAUCAGAAUGGUCUUUCUAUGAACCAAAUGAACCAAGCUCUGCUGGGCCUCUCCCCUAGCAUUCUGCCUGGGCCUAAAGAA